AUGUCGAAAGAUCCACAAAGAACCCGCUUCGUGAAAUGGUGGCCGAUUAGCUUCGCCAUCGCCGCUGUCAUUUUCUUCAUUAUCGGAGCAGCCCUCCUUGGCACAUACUUCAACUCGUCCUAUUCGUCAUGCGAUGACUACUAUUCCUACUCCUACUAUAGCAGCACUUACUGCUACGGCGGGAGCAAUGGCGAGUUCUACGGUGGCAUCGCUUGUAUUGUGAUUGGCGGUAUUCUAAAACUCGUCGCUUGGAUCCUCUUUAUCGUUUGGUGUGUGAAGCGCAGUCGGAUCCAGCAAAACAAUAUCACCUACGUCAACAACGCGCCGGCUGGAGCACCGCAACAAUCUUAUGCUGCGCCUCAGCCUAUGUACCCUAUGCAGCCAGGUGCUUCUUUCGCUCCAAAAUCUCCCGCUUCGCCCGGUCCUGGUUAUGCUGAGGCUGUUGGCACACCUCCGCCAAAGGAGGGUCUUGCAACGGCUACGGGUUACAGAUAUUGCAGUCAAUGUGGAGUGGCUGCUCAUGGGCGGUUCUGUUCGCAGUGUGGUACUCAGUGCUGA